GGGAAUUGCUGUAAAUAGUAAGGCUAGCUCUCGAUUCUGACAGACAAGACUUACCAAAAAAAUUAAAAAAAACUUUCUGCCAAUUAAAACAAAGAAGAAAACUUAUACGGACUUAUAUUGGAUGUCUUUUCACCUUUUGGCGCCAAAUUUCUUACAAAGCUCUAAACUUUUGCGCGGUAAAAAUGUUAGUUCUCUUUUACCGCGAAAUAUGUUGGCGCCAAAUUAUUUUAACUAUAAAGUCAUAUUUUUCUCUAUCUUAAAGUUCAGAAAAACUUUAAUUUUACUGCUCAUUCCAAAUUUCCAAGAAACAGUUUUCAGAAAAUGAACCGUCGGAAAACUUCUUGGUCGGACAUGCCGCCGGAGCUGCUUUCAGACAUCGCCGGACGCCUGGAAACGCAAUCUGAAUUCCGCAAAUUCCGGGCAGUCUGCAAGACAUGGCGGCGGUCAGCUCCGAUCACCCUCCUCCGUCGUAAAAACCUCUUAUCCUCUCUCUUACCUCACAAAAUCUCAACCCCAACCCCUCCUCUCCUAGGCAAGAACAGAUCAUCCAUAGGGUAUAUUGAAAUUACAGGAAACUCCUUGAUGAUAGUACCAAGCUCUGUUUAUCUCCUCAAAUCAUCUCAAAAUCCAGAGCUCCCACCUUGGUUAAUCACUGUUGAGGAGUUAAACCCAGGUAAAUUCUACCUUCGAAAACCCCUUUCUCGAAUCAACAUCGAAAAAUUACCGGAUAAUUUCCCUAAACAUUUGCAAUUGUCUGGUUUAAAAGUGACUGAAAUGGGUAGAUUCUGCACUUUAAGGCUAGCAGAUAGACCUAGGGACAUGUUUGAGAAGAAACAUUUUACAUAUUGUACAAAUAAAGUGGUUUUAUUUGUAGAUCCUAAGUGUAAAAACAACCCCACUAUCAAUAACUGUACUGCUAUGGUGUUGUAUGAUAAUGGAAACUUAUCUGCAAUUAGGCUUAACAAUGAGGUAGAAAAGCAUCUGAGUCCCAAAUGUAGGAAGUUUGAUGAUAUCUUGGAGUUUAAUGGUAGGGUUUAUGCUGUUGAUCGACGAGGAAGAUUGUAUUGUACAGACUAUCAUUCUCCAAAGAUGUUGGAGAUUAUAAGUAACACAUUAGGAAAGGGUUUUUCAACUGAUAAAAAGAAACUUCUGGUAGUACUUUUAGGUGAACUCUAUGUAGUUUACAGAAACCAAGAUUGUGGUGUUAGUAUCGAUUUUGAAGUCUAUAGGAUGCAAGAAGAGGUGGGGGAAUGGGAAAGAGUAAAAAAUGUUGAUAAAGUAUUUGAUGGUCGUUUACUUUUUGUAACAUUGGAUGGUUGUUUCUUUGGGGAUAGAAAUGAUUUUCCUGGUUGGAGAGGAAAUUCGAUUGUGUUCUACAAAAAUAGUUUCCCUCAAUAUGAUGGUCCUAGUCUUGAUAUUAAGGUUUUUGGGAAGUACUAUGAUGAUGAACUUGAUGUUGGUAUUUUCCACUUUGAUGAUGGAUGUGCUGGAGUUAGUGGCUAUGGUUUGCCUGCAGCGUCUUCUCCGAGUUAUUCUGAGGUAUUCUGGCCACCACCAGCUUGGCUUUCGCGAAAGCCGGAUACUGGAUUUGCCACAAGCUCUUCCGAGGAGGAGGAAGAGGAAGAGGAGAUGGAUGAAGAAGAAGACGAAGAAGAAGAGGGAGAAGAAGAGGGAGAGGAGGGAGAAGAAGAGGUACAAAGUUGUUAUCAUGGUGAAAUCAAUCAAGAGGAAGAGGAGGAAGAGGAAGAGGAAGAGGAAGAGGAAGAGGAGGAGGAGGAGGAGGAGGAGGAGGAGGUGGAGGAAGAAGAAGAGGUACAAAGUGGUUAUCCGGGUGAAAUCAAUCAACAACCCAUAUGGUAUGUAGAAAACCUCCCCACCUUAAUACAAGUAGACGGUAUCCCUUAUGUUCAAGUCGGCACCACAUUUCCUAAGGUUGUUCAAAAUGGUGUUUCACAGGCGAAAUUCCUGGGAUUUAAUGUGAGCCCUCAUUCGGUCCCAAUACUGAAGAAAAUAUGGCACAAACAUGGGAACAUAAUACAAGGACAUGUACUGCAGAAUAAUGGCAUGAUAUCACAGGCCUUAGACUCACUAGCAAAUGUUAUCCUUCUUCUUCAAAGCGAAUCAGGAAUGUCCAUGAACGUUGCUCAAGCUCAAUACUUAGAUUCAACCAUGUGUUUUUUACAGGGUGCGCGUUUUAGAUUGGAUUGGCUAUUUCCCUUCACACAAAAGGCUAUGGCAAUACAUUAUGGACAGCAGCAGAUACAUUAUAUAAAAGGACUUGAGAUGUCGAAAUCUGUUCUUGUUUCACAGUUGCAUGAUCUUGAUUACAGAUUGGCUGAACAAACUAAGUUCUUGGUUGAGAAGACUGUGGCUGAAGCUCCUCUUGUUCCUAUAAACCUAAAGAAUGUGCUUGGUUGAAGGAUAUAUGAUGUGCAGAUUUCAAGAGAAUGUUUUGGAAUUAUCCUGUAGUUUUCUGUUUUUAAUUGCAGGAAUUUUGGUGUGUGAAAGUGAUUAUCAGAUCAUGUAAUUAGUAGUGAAGUAUUAACCCUGAUUAGUAGUGUAAUUUUAUAUCUGUUUUCAAUUGCAGGGUCGCGACAACCCCUAUAUGAUGCAGGAAUUUUGGUGUAUGAAAGUGACUAGUAGUGAAGUAUUAACCUUGAUGUAAUUGCAACAUUGCUGUAGUAUUGCUUUUAUUAGAAAGUAAUUAACAUCGUUUUAUAAUGUUCUUAACUGUGAUCAAUGGAUGAUCUUUUCUUAUUCA